GUCCCCGUUAUCGGCCUGUCGCCAUCGUGGCAUCCGAGGUCCACGACGACUCCAACUCCCAUCUCCCACGGAAUCUCUCGCCUCGGUCUUCUCAGCUCGAUUUCUGUCAUCCUCGAGCUGAACAACAUACGGACUAUCCUAUCCAAUCCACCUGUACUAUCUUCAUAAUUCCGCUCUCCGGCUCAAAGACCGUCACCAUGGGCUCCCACACUCCUCCCACUCGGCUUGCCAUCCUCGAAACCGACACCCCCCUCCCAAACACCAAAGAGCAGUACAAUGGCUACUCGGGCGUCUUCACCUCACUCCUACUCCGCGCCGCCGAAUCUCAAGACGUCCCUCUGUCUUCUCUCCUAACCGUCACAGCCCACCACGUCGUCCCGGACUCGGACAUCGUUCCCGUAUCCUACCCUUCCCCGGACGACAUUGACGCCAUUCUCAUAACGGGCAGCAAGCACAACGCCUUUGACGACGAGCCAUGGAUCAGCGACCUCGUCAACUAUACUCGCUCCUGCAUCCAAGGCGGGAGGAUACGUGUCAUCGGCGUCUGCUUCGGCCACCAGAUUGUCGGCCGCACCUUGGGCGUCCCCGUCCAGCGGAGCGAUAAGGGGUGGGAGGUGGCCGUUGUGGAAGUCGACCUGACCGAAACGGGGAAGAGUCUAUUCGGGCUGAAGAAGCUGCGCAUACACCAGAUGCACCGCGACGUCGUAACCGCCAACCCGCCCGAUUCCCUCCCUCUGGCCCACACUGAACUCUGCCCCGUGCAAGGUUUCUACAGCCCUAGACGCUACAUUACCGUCCAAGGCCACCCGGAGUUCACGGGCGCCAUCGUCACCGAGAUCGUGCGCACACGAAAUAGGCAGGGCAUCUUCACUGACGACUUCUCGGGAGAGGCGCUGUCCCGUGCGAAUCUCGACCAUGACGGUGUCGCUGUUGCCCGGGGCUUUUUGCGAUUCUUGCGAGAGUAAUGUGCCCUUGGUAAGUUGAGCUUUCCAGGGGCUAACGGAUAAUGGAAACGGGUCCCUGUGAGGUCGAGUCUCCCGUCUUCGUCGACAGGGAGAUUGAUUCUCUUUGCCGACUCAUCCUGGUGAAGCAGCAGUUUCCUACCUAGUUGAAUGAAGGAAAGCGCUCGUCUACUCUGGGCGAGUUGGACGUCACAUAACAUAAUAUUCCACCUUCAACUUUCGACUAUUGUCUGCGCCUCCAUGUUUGUGUCCAUACGCUACUGCUAGAGACAGCCUAUACUCUAUUCCCUACCCAAGAAAAAAACGACAAUGGUAUCAUCCUAAACCUUGGUUAGAUUCCUAGGCCCUCAGUCUCCCCAACGCCGGCCGGCCACCUGGCCAAUGU